ACCUCAGAGGAAGAAGUUCAGAUUCACCGCGUUCUCUGUUGUUUUGUCGUGAUGCUGGUUUAAUGCAAACUGGUAGAAUUGUUAUUUCUGCAAAUACAAAAAAUACAGUUUUUGAAUCAGGUCAAUAAAUACCUGUAAUAUUCUCAUCCUCACAGUCGUGACUAAGUUUUGAAGCAAGCAGGAAUAUCUGGAGGAGUAUCAUCUGAACUGAGAUCUGCUGCUGUGAAGAUGGUGUUUGUUAAAGAGGAGAGUGAGGAGGACACGAGUGAACCAGAAACCUGGAGAAUAAAACACGAGGAACCAGAAACCUGGAGAAUAAAACACGAGGAACCAGAAACCUGGAGAAUAAAACACGAGGAACCAGAAACAUGGAGAAUAAAACACGAGGAACCAGAAACCCGGAGAAUAAAACACGAGGAACCAGAACCCUGGAGAAUAAAACACGAGGAACCAGAAACCUGGAGAAUAAAACACGAGGAACCAGAAACCUGGAGAAUAAAACACGAGGAACCAAAAACCUGGAGAAUAAAACAUGAGGAACAAGGAGGCCUGAUGAAAAUGAAAGAAGAAAGACAAGAUCUGAACGAGGUGGAGGAGAAACAUCAGUGUCAGAAAGAUCAUAAUAUCACUGCUGGAGAAAAAUCAGUGACUUGCAGCAUUCAAGUAACAGAAGUCAAAAGGCCAUUCAGCUGCUCUCAGUGUGGAAACACUUUCAAACAGAAAAGAAGCCUUAUGAAACACAUGAGAAUUCAUCGUGGGGAAAAGUCUUUCAGCUGCUCUCAGUGCGGAAACACUUUCACACGUAAAGCAAACCUUAAGAAACACAUGUUAAUUCAUACUGGAAUAAAGCCUUACAGCUGCUCUGAGUGUGGAAAGAGUUUUACACAGAAAUGGCAACUUAAGGAUCAUCUGCUUACUCACACCUCAGAAAAGCCUUUCAGCUGCUCUCACUGUGGAAAUACUUUCACACGUAAAACAAACCUUAACACACACAUGUUAAUUCAUACUGGAAUAAAGCCUUACACCUGCUCUCAGUGUGGAAACACUUUCACACGUAAAACAAACCUUAACACACACAUGUUAAUUCAUACUGGGAUAAAGUCUUACAGCUGCUCUGAGUGUGGAAAGAGUUUUACACAGAAAGGACACCUUAAUGAUCAUUUGGUAACUCACACUUCAGAAAAGCCUUUCAGCUGCUCUCAGUGUGGAAAGUCUUUCAAACAUAAAGUAAGCCUUAUGAAACACAUUAGAAUUCAUAGUGGGGAAAAGCCUUUCAGCUGCUCUCAGUGUGGAAACACUUUCACGUGUAACGGAAACCUUAAGAAUCACAUGUUAAUUCAUAUAAAGCCUUUUACCUGCUCUCAGUGUGGAAAGAGUUUCACCUGUAAACGAGGAUUUAAUCAUCACAUGAGAAUUCACACUAAAGAGAUGCCUUACCAGACAAUUCAUACAAAUUAAAAAGCCUCAUGUCAGUCCUCAGGGGCGCUGCUACUUUUUCUGGGCCCCCUUAAAAAACAUAUCCACCCAGGCCCCACGGUCCUCCAUCGUUGGGCCCUUGGAAUCAUCCUAAUUUAGGAAUGCUCAUUUCAGUUAAUUUUCCUCACCGACAACCGCUGCUCGUUAACUGAUAAAAUUAGAAUAUUAAAUUAAUAUUAAAUAAAAAUUAGAAUGGACAAGUAUCUGUGAUGAUAUGUAAAAAAUACAAAUAUUUUAUUUUAACUUACAAACAGAGCAACAACAAAACCUGGAUUCACACAUCCUGAAAUUAUCACGAACCAGCAGCGCUUCUGAGAACAGCGAAAAUCAAAAUAAAAUAAUAUAAAUAAAGAAUAAAAUAAAUAGGCCUACACUAAAUAUAUAUAAAUAUCUAAUUAAGAUGAUAAAACUAUGCGCUUUGAAGAACGGUACCGGUGUUGUUCUUCCUGUCAGACAUAAAAAUAUAUAGCAGCCCUACCUCAGUGUAUGUGUCUAGUUUAUUUAUUUAUUUUUUUGUAAGUCACAUGUUGAUAUGGAUAGACUGGAGCCCCACUUGCCAUUGUGUUGUGUAUAGGCUACUACAUCAUUUAUGUGAAGGUGAAGCAGGUACUUGCUCUGCGAAAUAUGUCUUAGAAAUAUUGUCUCAAUCCAAACACUCGACUGAGACUGUUGGGUAAAGAAGCUGGGUUGAUUUGACCUAAUUUGGGUUGAUAAUAGUAAUAAGUAACCCAAUGGUGCUGGGUUAGGAAUGUGGACAUGAAAGAGAGCAUGCAGCAAUUCUCGCGAGUUCAAAUGCAAACGGUUCUGUGUGUGCCAAAAUCUGUGUUUGCGGUGCUUAAAACGGGAUUAUGUGUGGAAAAUAGAAGAAAGCGAAGAAGAAAGAGAUUUUUGAAACUGACUGGAAUGUGUUCUUUUAAAACUGGAGGGUUUUGUCAAAGCAUUCUCUCUGUGACUGAUGAGCAGUUAACCCGGGACCUGAACAAGUCAAAAUGGUGCUUGAGGACUGUGGAUCAGAACAGUAAAAUCAAAGACCAUAAAAUCCUGUCAAUUAACUAUAAUACAUAGUUUAUUCUUGACUUUUAGUGUUUAUUACAGGCUUUCAGUCUGUGUUUCUUGGUGUUAUGGUUUGGCCAUAGUGGUAGUUUAUUCGUCAGUGGGUGAAAAACAUGAACAAAAUGUUCAAUUGAAAAAAUAGUUAUUUAAUAUUAAACUUUUUCAAAAGCAUUUUGGUUAAACUAUAUAUGCUGUAUAAGUAUGGAGUUGCUUUGCUUUUUCUGAACUUUCCAUGUAGGUUUACGUUUUUGUUUUUUGGUUAUUUGUGUAAAGUUCUGGUGUAAUAAAUGUCCACCUUUUAUUUUCUGUUGCCUGUGUUGUUACUGUUGUCAUUGUGUGUGAUUUUAAACUAAAAAACAUUUUGGGUUCAUUUAAACAGCAGUAUAGCAAAUUUCAAACAAUUUUUGAAUUAAAUAAAACAGCCCACCAUGUUUAUUAUUAUAUUACCUGGUGUAUUUAUGACCUACCGUGCAAAACAACAA